AUAGCCACAUUAUUCUUUACAAAUAAGCAAAACGAUAACUCCAGGUGACCUAUCGAUACAUUUUAGCUGUCUUCAUUUCGCCGCGAAACAUAUGUUUAUUAUUCGCCGUAGAUGUUCACUCCACUAAUUCGAUCAAACAGCAACAGAAUUUGCAUAUUUUUCUUUUACGCUUAAAAAUUGAUUAAAAUGUUUGCUAUUUAGCAUAUGCUGUUCGGAAAAUCGUCUAGCUAUCAUGGAGCAGCUCCUGGAUCAGGCAAAAACAAAUGUGCAACAGAAAUUCAAUGAAAUACGCGCCGCACUGCAUAUGCGUGAAAAGUUGCUACUGCGACAACUGGAGGUAAUUGCAAAUACGCAGCGCCAACAAUCGGCGCCCGUGUACAUCGAAUACGACACAGACAAAGAGAAAGAUAAGUGCGAGGUGCGAUUCGUCACUGGCGAUGAUAACGAAGAGGAGAAACUGCUGGCGGCCAUACGCAGCUUUGGCCAGUUCCAGCUGGACAGCAAUAUGCAGCUGGCGCUGCACAGGUCGCAGGACAACAGAACGGCGGGGCUGCGCAACGAGGACUACAUAGAGCCGAUGGAUGAUCACGAGACCAUGUACAAAUGCCUAGAGAAUGGGGUGCACAGCAGCACCUACUACGAUCUGAAUGAUGAGGUUCAGCCAGAGGCCAUUGUGGUGGACUUUUCACGCAACAAGGCGCUGCUCGAGGACAAUGCCAAGCGCUCCAUUAUCAACAUUACGCUGCAGGAGGCCAAAGAUCUGAUACGCCGAGCGAAAAUCAAGCGAGAGACUUAUGUGCCGCCGCUCAAUCUCGAAGAGCUGGACGACGAGCUGGAAUCGUCCAUAGCCGAUGCGGUCUCCAAUCUAGGACGCAGCUGUCCCGAGCAGCCGUCCAUCAAGCAAAAGCCGAAGGCACGCAAGCCCCGCUUCAAACCAAAAAUCACCAUCAACAACUGCAAUGGCACGAUUAAUCUGCGCAACAUUGCCAGCCUGACCAUCAACUGUGCCAGCGAGGACGCUGUCAGUGCUGAUCUGCCACUCACCGAUGGCGCAGCCGCCGCAGCUGCACACACAAAGUUGCAGCAAACUGUGUCCGCGGACUCGAGCAGCAACGCCACCGAGCUGUCCAGCUGUACGCCCACCAGCUCCAAUUACUCGAGCAACGCGAGCUCACGUUCGCAGUCCAAGAAGCAAAAGAACGCCAAGAGGAUGGAGCUCAAAGAAGAGACACCUAAGGAAAAAAGGGAGCAGCACUCGGAGACCGUUGAGACCACGCCUACACAGCCCAGCUCGACGGGCACGCAAGAAGCUAACUGCGACUUUUACAAUCGCUUGCUAAAUGAAAUCAAAAAGAGCCUCAAGCAGAAGCCAACACGCACAUAUGAGCCCGUGCCGGAAGCUGCAGCAGCAACAACUACAGCCUCGGUCACAAGCAGCGAUGCGGUGCAGGCAGCUGCUGUUGCACCCGAUUCCAGUUGCGUGGCCCACUGUCGGCGCGCGCACGGAGACGGGCCGGUCCAUGUCUCCAGCACGCAGGGCAGCGAGGCCGGCGAGUCGACGCUGUCAUCACAGCUGCAGCCGGGCAGACGCUUGAUAUUGAAGAACUUUGAGAACCUGAAGAUUAUCUUAGAGGCAAACAGCGGCGACGAGGACUCAUUUCAUCCGGUGCAGAUCGAACAGUGGCUGGCUGAGAUCAUAUCCGAGACGGACCUGGAACCAAUGCAAAAUACGGACAUACUUGAGCACAGCAAAAUCAACAACAGCGAAAGCAACUAAACAAAAGGCUGG